AUGGAUGCGAAGCUGGUGAAAGGGCUGUUGGAAACCAUCCAAAAUGCAAAGGUUUUAAAUAAGCGGUACGACAACGUAGAAGUGCCAAUUUUCGACCCGGACAAAAGCAACGACGGAGCAGUUGGCUGGUGCGGAAGCUUCGAUAAGUUGAGAGAAGAGUUAAAAUGGAGCAGCUUUGAGAAGGUUGCAAAAGCCGGUAAGGCCCUUCGGGGCGCUGCAUUACUGAUAUGUGUGAAGGCCUGA